AUGCAUCGGCCCCUUUGUUCGCGCACGCUUCCAGUCCCAGUUGUUUGCCUUCUAUCAUUCUGGUUCAAUGGCGCGGUGGCAUCGUUGGAUGGGCUUUGCCCACCGUUGGGCCCCGUGCUUCCGGCACCAAAAGAGCCGAGUUCCAACUUGAACGUGCAAGCUGCACUGAAGCUAUUCAAAGAGUCAGUUCACAAUGUAACUGGUUCAUUCAACAAGUCGGCCGUCUCCAUCGGGGUACAAUCCAUCCACGAGUCUGCGCCAAUGUUCGAAUACCAUUUUACGCCGCCUGAGCUCGACCCUCGGGGCGUCAACAAGGUGGACUCCAACACAGUAUAUAGACUGGCGAGCACCUCGAAACUAUUUCCAGUCCUUUCCGUUUUGAAGACCGAAGGGAUGGAUCUGAACGACCCCAUCACCAAGUACAUUCCAGACCUUCGGUCUCUGAAUGAACACGCUCGGGAAGAAAGCCCGCUGUGGACCGUGGAUUGGGAUGACAUGACCUUGGGCUCGCUUGCAUCACACCUAGGCGCCCCUGCAGAUCUACCUAUGGACCUUACAACCGACCAGGAAAUCGAUUGGACCGAGAUUGGCUUCCCCAGUAUCGAGGAUUCUCUCCAUUUGAACUGCUCGCUCCUUGGAGACCCGCCUUGUGACAGGACAGUAUUUUGGAAGUUGUUUGGUUAUCGGCCCCCAGUGUUUCCGCCUUUCACGACUUCAGUAUAUUCAAAUGUGGGAUUUGCUCUGCUCGGCUGGGCUGUUGAGUCUGUGACCAAGACGCGAUUCAGUGACCAUGUCCGGAACACCAUUUGGGAGCCGACUGGUAUGGAUCAUACAUUCGAUAGCAAGCCAGAUGACAGCCUUGGUUUCAUCCCAGUUAAUUCUAAAUGGUGGGAUGCAACUAUUGGCUAUGAGAAAGCGGCUGGCGACUACUAUUCGUGCUUAUCUGACAUGAUCGCCUUUGGCAUCUCUAUCCUCAAGAACCAGCAACUCUCGCCUGUCAAGACGCGUCGUUGGCUAAAGCCUGUUGUGUCAACAUCCGCAUCGAACCUUCUGCUUGGAACACCAUGGGAAAUCUAUCGAUUCACCAACGACACAGUCGAUGGGCGCCUGAUUGAAAUUUACACGAAAAUGGGUAACCUAUUUCACUAUAACUCUAUCUUGGUUUUGAUACCGGAUUAUGGCAUAGUUAUCGAUGUUUUGGCAGCCGGUCCUGAGACAUCUGGAGGAACAUUGCUCGAGAUCAUAACUUCAGCCAUCAAGCUUUUGAUUCCCGCUUUCGAAGAUGCUGCGAAGGACGAGGCCCGAAUUGCUUACGCUGGUACCUAUACUGACACGGACUCCGAAUCUUCAAUCACGCUUUCUCUCGACGACGAUGGGCCUGGUAUCAAAGUCUCGAACUGGAAGGUCCGCGGCUCGGAUGUCUUCAAGUCGUUUGCCAAAGUCCAGACUGCGUUCACACACGGAAAGCCACCUGAGGAUGAGACGGUCAGAUUUAGGAUGUACCCAACUGGAUUGGAGACGGAGACGCAGAGCUCAUGGCGUGGCGUGUGGACCAUUGGAACGCCUGAGGAGUUGGCGGAAGCGGAAUCUCAGUUCAUCUGGCCCAUGGCGACAUGCAACACCUGGGCGCAGCUUGACAGGACUCAGUAUGGCUUACAGUCUCAGGACCAUUUCAUAUUCACAGUGAAGGAGGUCGAGGCGGGGAAGAAGGCUGUAUCAGUGGAAUUCCCGGCGUAUCGAGUCACUCUCGAAAGACAGUCAUCUUCGAUGUACACGACGCAUGGUGAAGACUCACAAAAGCCAUUAUCUCACGCAUAA